GCGGCGUUUGACUUGACAGAUGGCGGGCGAGAGACGCUCCUCUCGGCUGUCUCUCUCGGUCCGUUGGUCCAUCCCGGUUCCCCAUUGUCUCCCCUUUUCACUCCUUGAAGACAACCCCGAGACGACAAACUAAACUUAGCCGUUAUUCCGCUUAUGUCGCCUUCCUUUGGAGACUUACCACGACCUGAAAUUUCACCCUGUCCCUGUUCAUCUGAAAUGUGGACAUGCUUUUCUCUCUCUCUUUUUUAACGUUGUAGGGAUGUAUUCGCUGUAACGGAGGGGGCAGUGAAUUGACCGACCAGCGGCUGACGGAGCUGGGAGCACGGUUGAUGGGGGAGAUGAACCGCAGGAGGACUUGUUAGCCCAACAGAGACGCCGAAACCACCUUCCAGGGGGCUGUUGACACAUCACAGCACCCUAGCAACAAUUUUACUCUCCGUUUUUAUGAGUGCAUAAAACACCAAGUUCAGACAGAGGGAGGGGAAGAAAAAGAAAAGAUACUGGAUUACAACGGCGGUGGGGUUUUUUUUGUUUGUUUUUGGCGUGAAUGAACCCUGGAGGAUGUUGCCGCUACAUGCCCGUUACUUCCCCUGAGAGGAGAGCACAGGAGAGGAGCUCGUCUGUGAAAGAAGGACCACUUGCACUUGUUUUCUCCACCUUGAAACAAAUGAGGCUGUUUCAAUCCAAGUAGCGUUUACUCGAGAUUAAUCAAUUAAAAAAAACAUUUCAUGUGGAUCAUAUAUACAUCUAAAUCUCACCACCUCUCAGCGCUUUUCUAGUCUUUUCUUCAGUGUUGUUUAAAGUGGCUACUGUAGCGUGUUAAUUCAGUGUAUUCAUCUUAGACAAGGAUGCGGCUAAUCAAUGUGAUUUGCUGGACUUUCUAGUCCAGUUAAAGGCUGAAGUUCCUGGAGAAGUGGACCCUGUGUGGAAAUAAUUGAAGAGUCCGUUUAUUUGCCUCAGGGGACCACAUUUCAGGCUGUUUACCUGUCUGCAACCCCUCCUUUUGAAUGAAGUAGUAGCCUUUUAUUCCCCUGAGACCCGGCGAGUACAGGCUGUGCACUUGGUUCACUGAGGCCCAAGCAGCGAGCGCGCCCUCUACCUGGGCUGCCAGCCAGACAGCCAGCCAGCCAGCCAGACGGCCCUCCGGGGGCUUUUGGAUUUUGAAGGUCCAGCUGGAGACUUGGGAGUUUUACCCAGAGUUAUUUCACCACGAGCAUCACUGGAGAGAAGGGAGGAGGACACCAUGGGGUGCUGUAGUGGCAGGUGUACCUUGGCCUUCAUCUGUGGCAUGCAGCUGGUCAGCGUGUUGGAGCGUCAGGUGAUAGAUUUCCUUGGCUACCAGUGGGCUCCCAUCCUGACCAACUUCCUCCACAUUGUCAUCGUCAUCCUGGGCCUGUUUGGCACGAUUCAGUUCAGGCCGAGAUACGUCACUGGGUACGCAGCCUGGCUGGUCGUGUGGAUGACCUGGAAUGUUUUCAUCAUCUGUUUUUACCUGGAGGUUGGAGAUCUGUCCAGAGACUCUGACCUUGUCCUGACGUUCAACCUGUCCAUGCAUCGCUCCUGGUGGAUGGAGAACGGCCCGGGGUGCAGGGUGACACCCAUCACCCCUCCACCCUCCUGGGCACCCGACGACCACCGAUAUAUAUCUAUAUCUGGCUGUCUGAUGGAUUUUCAGUUCAUAGAGGUGGCUCACUCCUCGCUGCAGAUUCUCCUGGCUUUGAUGGGGUUUAUCUACGCCUGCUAUGUGGUCAAGCUCAUUUCAGAAGAGGAGGAUAGCUUUGAUUUUAUAGGAGGGUUCGACUCGUACGGUUACCAGGGGCCUCAGAAGACCUCCCACCUUCAACUACAGCCCAUGUACAUGUCCAAGUAAACCCAGGUGCUACUCCAGGAGCGCUGCCUUACCAGUCACCACUGCUUAACAUCCUGCUUUUACUACUCCAACUGUCUUUUAGUAAACAACACCAAGACACCGACAGGAUACAGAAGACACUAAGAUAUUCUGUGUUUCAACCUCCAAAUCCCCCACUUGGUCAGAUUGCUUCCCUGUGCUGCCUGUCUGCUGUUUUUUAACAGAGAGAGGUCUUUUCCUAAUGAAACACCGGCCUCGUGUGGCUGAACACGGCAACUGCAGGACCUGUGUGAUACACCGGUACAGACGAUUCUGGUAACAACUGCAUUUAUUUAUUUAUUUUUGGUCUCUGGUAGACUCAAUCAGGAGCCAAUGACUUGCUUCCUCUUGUGCUGUUGGGCAUCUGCCUUGUGACAGAAACCAAAGGGAUGUAAAGAGGCUACGACUCAUUGGUGAAUUACUGACGCAUUUCUUCGAGCUUCUGAGGAGAACGCAAAUGUUGUGGCACCUAACAACUCUCUAGUGCAGAUUCGCCUGACCAAAGACUAAGGACUUCCAAACUGACCGAGCAUCUACUAACAAGGCUGCCGAUAUGGGAAUGUCAAACAUUUUUUUUUUCCUAAGAUUUCUUUCUGGUGCAUUUGGGUUCUUGUUGCAGCAAAGACGUGGGGCGGACUUGCCACAUGUUAUUAUCCUGUUCCUUCACCCAAAAAAACAUUGAAUGUUAAAUAACGUGUGUAGAUUUACAUACUUUCAUUUCAUAUGUGCAUGUGUACAGUAAACAGACACAUCCAUACACACACACACACACACACACACACACAGGCAUUAGGUAAGGCAUAUGUGAAUUCACACAUGCAUGCACACAAACACACACACACACACACACAGCAUAUGUAACUUUUUUACUACUAAUGUGAAUCUUAAUGUUUACAAUAGAAAUUCAGUCUGCCUGACAGAAAGGCUGAACACCUGACAGACAGGUAGACUGGAAGACAUACAUGAGACUUUUCAGCUACAGCCUCCUAAAGGCCAUGGGGUCUUUUCUGCCAUAUUAAUACAGACAGGACAGUAGUUCCAGAUGUGUCUUUUGGUCUCUUGCUGUCUAAAUAUUUUGUCUUCCAUCCAAGACAGGCUGGUAGGGGUAGAUAGAAACAGAACAUGACAAAAAAAAACAACCACAGAAGAGGGAUUGAGCUCAGUCAACAGUUUCCCUUCCAGCUCAGUCCUUUCAUAGACACCAGGCUCUCAGUGCCAAGCUUCUGUUGUCACUCGCUCGUCUCUGUCAGCAGACAACUUUUCCCCUUUUUUUCAGAAUUAGUAAAAAACAAGCUGGAAGCCAACUCAAGUGCCCAAUCAGCCUAAUCUUCACCAUCCACCUCUUUGUAAUAACAUACAGUCCACAGGUAACGCUUACAUAAGGGAAAAGGCACACACUUUACAGAAAUGACAAUCACAGUCAGAGUUGCCUGAAUCUUGUGAUGGUUUGGCAUUUUUCUGUACCAUAAAAUAAGUGACACAAAGCUGAAAAAUGGCUGUCAUCGUGUGAGAACAGCGAAACAUUUUUUACCGGUGGACAAAGAUUGAGACAAAAGAAGGAGAAAUGAGACGACAGAGGCUGAAUCUUCAAUGAUUCUGCACUCGCCUGCAGGCUAACGAGGAUAAACAUGAUACCAGUGAGAUGCCGGAGACCUAGCAGCUCCCCCUCUUCACUUCACUACUCGAAUUUAAAUGUUGAAAGUGCCAACUACUCUAUCUAUCUGUAGAGCCUGGUUUCUGAAAGCCACAGGCUGGGACCAGAAAAUAACAGGUCUCAGGUUCUCUUUUCUUGAGUUCCCGUGUAAGAAAGAUAGCGAGGAUAUUACAAAUCAAAAAAUUCACAUUUGCAUUCCAGGCGGCCAGCAGGUUUUCACUUUUAUUCUGCUUAGAAAAAUCAACUGAUUCCUUCUGGAGACUUGACUGAACAUGUUGCAUUUAUGUUGCAAUAACUGGACCAAAAGUUUGAGGCCUUCUCCGUCAACCAAGGAACAUUUCUGAGCCAAAACAACGGCUUCUCUUGACAUAAAGGAUGGACUAACAGGCUAUUUCCCUCUAUAAACCAAUCUCAAAGUCCACCUUCCACCCCCGUCUGCCACUUAUCUUCAGCAGUUCAUGUUUUGUAACGAAUCUUCGGGUUACGUUCAGAGUCGCUGCCCCGUGAGGCUCCACUGACGCUCACUCUGAAGGACAGAACAACGUUCGUGUGUUUGCAUGAGGUGUUUCCAAACUGUUGCAUAUUUAAUCUCAUGCUGCGUGUGACUAACUAAGCUACUUAAAAUGGGAACUGUUUGGCUUGUUGAAUGCUCCUCAACUCUCAUCAAAGAGUCCUAAAUGUGAACUUUGUGAUUUUUUUCUAUAAAUAACACAGUCUGAAAUGUCUGCUGAGUACAGGAGAAAAAUAGGUAAUGUAAAACAAUGAAAUGUAACUUUGAACUUCUAGACGUUUUUUAAUCACAUGUGGCCGUGUUUACUGUUUUUUCUAGUUGACUACUAAUGUAUAAUGUUGUGUACAAGUGGGACUACUAUGUUUUAUUUCUUCUAAUUGUACAGCGUAUUUGACAUGAGAGCGUAAGAGGAGAAUGGGGGGGAAGAGAAUUAGUUGCACUAUAGUCUGUAAUUCGUUCAUUAACCAUUCUGUCAGGGCCAGAAAUUCACUUUCACUUCAGCACAUAAUUAACUUUACAAAAUGAAUUUAUAUUUGAAUUAUCAUCCAACACCACACAUAGCUUUUUAAUAAAUAACAAUGACUGCACACGAAGUGUGUUUUUGCAGAAUUCAAAUGAGGAGCUAAUGUGGUGAAAAGGGUCACAUGUCUAUUAUUUACAAGCUUAAUUGAAAAAGAUAGUUGGUCAUUAGCAAAAGACACUAUUUGAACUGAAAGUGAAUUUUUUCAUUUAUCCGUCUUUAAUAGAGUCGAUCAGUUCGAUAUUACCUGGUUUUGUGGAACCAAUAUCAACCUGAACACCAAUCCAGCAGAUAUAACAACAGACUAAAGCAAUUAUUCAGAGAUUCAAGGAUUUCAGAUAUAUAAUGUGACCCAAAUGUGUGGGGUGUGUGUGUGUGUGUGUGUGUGUGUGUGUGCAAACUGCGUGCGUGCGCGUGUUAGACUUUGUACUGCUGUACAUUGUACUUUUCUGUGUCAUGGUGAACUGAACGACACUUAACCCAGAUCCUGGAAAGCCACAACGUCAACACAAAUUAAACUGAAGGAAAUUGAGGAACUGAAUCAAAGAUUGUUAAUGAACAGCAAUAACAACAGUAAUAAUGUAUUUUAAAGUAAUAAUAAAGACAGAAUCUACACAAUUCAUGGUUUAUCUUUAUCUUCACCGAUGCUUGAUCAUAUUCAGACUUUGAACAGUCAAUAGAGAUUUUGUCUGUAGAUCUAAGAACGCACAUCUGUACAUAAAGAGUUAAACAUUAGCAGAAGAAGCUGGAGUCAAGUUACUGUUUUGUUGAAUGGUGUCAAUAAACAUUCAGUCAAGCCAUCGUCUCUCAGUCUGGGCUAAAAUAUAGCUACUCCAUUAUGAAGCUUUACAGUAGUGACAGGAGUAUACAGGUAAUAAAAGGGAAAUACAUAUAUGCUGUGGGCUACAUUUUCACAAGAUUUUAAAUUCAAUUUUGAAUUUGAUGAACAAAAUGCAGCAUCUUCAGCUUUAUUUAAACUGUUUUGACAAAUGUUUUGAAGUGUUCAACCAUUUAAAGCCUCCACAAACUUAAAAAAGUAUUUCUCUAUAAUCUUAAAUAUUUAUAACUAUAUACUAUGGGUAUGGCUUGACCAGAUUUGACUGAGUACAAUAAGCAUUAACAUUGCAAAAUCCUGAUUGGUCCGUACAUGCCAUCACCUCUUGCCAUCUGAGCCACAUCCACUUUAACACAAUAAAAAAAACCCAAAACUGUUCUAACUCAACAGAAAACCAUUUUCUUUAUGUGGAAUCCUAUCAUCUAUUUAAGACGCUGAUUGACAAAAUACAUUUUCAGGGUCUUAAAGUAUUGUCAUUGUUCUUUGUACAAUUACUCUAACUAGGAAACAGCUGCAACGAGAACAAGGUAGAAUGCUGAAAAUUAUAGCACAUGAUCCUGUAGAAACAUCACACAAGAGAAAAGUGUAGGACCCAGGACAGAGCCCUGAGGUACUCCACAGUCCAGCUCUGCUUCCUUAUGUACAUAGUAGACAACUGCUUAUCUUAGAAAAUGAACAAAAAUGUCUAAUGUUCCUACAAAUCGUCUCUGAAACAUUCUUUCUGCUGCCGAAGCAGAGACAAUUAUGGUAGAGGAGCAUUUAGAAAGUGCAAUAACACAUUAUCAUAAUACAUUAAGCACCUUUUCACAGUGUCAGUACGUCAAUGCAGGAACGUGCCGCUAACUGUCAGUGAAAACAGGAAUAUCCAAACUGUCUCUGUGGCUCUGGGUUGAUUUGUGAAUGUUCACCACUGACUAGAACCAUCUAUGUUGGUUUAACUCCUUCUCUUUUUGUGAUGGUUUUCCCACAGGUGACUGGCUGUACAUAAACUAGACCGUUGGGAAUAAAGUAGACAGUGGAGAAGGAAAGUUUA